CUUCCCGCCAUGACAGCAGACGACUCCAAAGUUCCAAACUAAAAAUCCAUCUCCUCGUGUUGUGGCGCAAGGGGAGAGACAAACCCCCCUCUUGGCCUUCUCUCCAAAAUUAACACAUAAGGUAAAGAUGUCCAACCCCAUUGGUUCAUUUUUAGUGAGGGCAGCAAGAUCAACAGUUGCAGGGGAUGCGUACGAGGCUGAACCUUCAGGACACACACUCCCAACUGGAACGUUUUUAUCUGAGUUAACGACAACGCAAAACACGCCAUCCUUUCUUACGGAAACUCCUCAGGCUCCCAAUGCAGCUUUUUUAGCAGCUCGUUCAGGACACCAAGAAACAAUCCUCAGUUUGACAGCCCCUGGAGGCACAGGAACCUUCCUCUCCUCAGCUGAAUCAGAUGUCACUGGAGGAGAAGAGGUGUUGCUUGGAGGUGGAGAAGAUGGAGAAGCUGGCGAUAUUGCAUCAGGGCCGUUGCUCUAUCUUGAUCCUGCAACCGGUGGAAGAUACUUCUCAUGAGCAGUUUGUGGUGGUUGGAGCUCUGCAGUCAGAAGAGGAGCAGGUGGUGCUGGAAAGGCCACUAGAUGAAAGCACUGCACAUAAUACAGUUAAUGUUGAAAACAUGUUGAGAUCCCAGGUAGAAUCAGCCAGACCAGAACUUGCCCCACACCACAUUUUUGCCUCACAACUGGAGUCUUCAUUAGGCCUUAAUGUUGGGGUGACUGCAUCAGGCUCCCUGUCCAGUAAUCAAGCAUGCAAGUCCAGAAAUUCAGUUUUGAAUAUUCAGGCCACACCAGAACCAAUUGGAGACAGGAGAGAUUCUCCUUCUAUCUUGGACUGUACUGAUGCUCCCAUGCUGACCCUCCGAGUAGCAGAUGAGGGAGGUGGAAUGUCAACAGGGGAGCUGAGAAGAGAUAUACUGGGUAUCGAGUCAGUGCCACAUAUAAAUUUGGAAGAGAUAAUUGAGAAGUUCACAAGCAGUAGCAGCACACAUGUUAUUGACAGUGGCAGUGUGCCUGAAAAUAACAGAGUUAUUACAGAUAUAGACAAUGCUGUGAACGAGAGUGCUAACCCUGUUUUGUCAGAGAUAACAGUCUACAAAGAUCAUCCACUACAACAGGAUCACAAACUAAGUUUAGAGAAACAUAUUGAAGUCACUUCAGAUGUUCUGCAGGGAGACAACAGAAGUCCCAGCAAAGCCACGACAGAUGAUGAUAUAACCAGAAGAACUUUUGUUAAUUCUAGAUCUGAGAAUGACAAAGGUCACUUUUUGAAACUGAGUAGCAUCUCAGAAAAAGAUGAUGAAAAUGAUACUUCUGUGAUAAUUGAUGAGGAGAGCCUUUAUGAUAUUGUAAUGACAUACAGAUGCACGUUAAUGCUCCAGAAUUUUUUGUUGAGAAAUCUGGGUGGCACUGUGAAGAUCCGUGUGUCAACUACACCAGCAAAUGACCAGCCACUUUCACUGUGUAAUGAGGACACAAAAUUACCAAAGAAAAAAGCUGUAUUUCCAGACCACAGCAGUAUUUCAGGAGCAGAAGAAAAAAAGGACCUCAAUAUUCUCUAUUGUGGAUUUUGUUCCAAAGAAUUCCUGGACCUCCAAGAAUGCCGUAAGCAUAUAAAAAAGGAACAUCCAGCAGAGACAGAGAAGAAGACAAGAAAAGGACAUGCACGACAGCGAAAUUCCCAGGGCUUAAAAGUCAAGUAUCCUUCCCAACCAGGGAUGCUUAUUGGCCACCGUAAAUCUCGCAGUUAUGCUCAGGGAUACUGGAAAAUUUUUCAUAGUGAUAAUCCGGCUGAGAUCAUCUGUGUCCAGUGCACACUUGUUAAAUACAAAUUUUCAAGCGAGGAAAAUCUGCAGCAACACAAAGCAUGUCACGGACAAGCAGAGAGUGGCGAAGAGAGAGUCUUCACAUGUAGUAUAUGUUUCUUGAAAUAUGACAAAGACUUAUUCAUCUGCAAUAUUGUUAACAAGAAAACAUACAUAAAACUAUAA